AUGAUGAAGGGAUUGCGAGGCGUGCUUUCAAGAACACGAUCCCAAUCGUCAAACGAGCCAAAAUCUCGACCCAGACAACAGCAACAACUAACAACUUCUUCAACGUCACCUUCACCAGUACCAUCCACCGCACCAUCAUCAAAUGAUCAGGGUGAUACCAUGCAACGAUCACCUUCCCAUAAGACUCCUCCUCUCGAGCAGAUGGCUGGCAACAGUAAGGCUAUGCAUCGAUUAUCGCAAGGGACGCCCAAGGAUAUGAUCCCAGCGGUCAAAUCACCACGUCGACAACGAUCAUCGCGUUUUUUCGGUCAAGAACAGGUUGAAUUGGAGCCUUACCCACACUUUAGUGAGGUGCCACCGAUGCAGCGACAUGAAUUAUUCUCACUAAAGUUGAGCCAGUGUCAAAUCAUGUUUGAUUUCAAUGACCCCGCCAAAGACCUCAAAGGAAAGGAAAUCAAGCGACAAGCGUUGCAGGAUCUAUUGGAAUAUGUGGCUACCACACGACGAGUCAUCACUGAUACAAUCUACCCUGAUGUGAUUCGGAUGUUCACUAUCAAUACAUUUCGCUCCAUCUCCCCUCAAAUGAACAAGUCCAUUCCACCAGAAGGCGUUGAGGCAGAUGAAGAGGAACCCGUGCUUGAAAUUGCUUGGCCUCACUUGCAAUUGGUGUAUGAAUUCUUUUUACGCUUUGUGGAAUCACCCGACUUUAAUGCACAAGUGGCCAAACGAUACAUUGAUCAAAGAUUCAUUCUUCAGAUGCUGGAAUUAUUCGACAGCGAAGAUCCACGUGAACGUGAUUUCCUCAAAACCAUCCUUCAUCGUCUCUAUGGCAAGUUCUUAGGAUUACGCGCAUUCAUUCGACGGGCCAUCAGCAAUAUCUUUUUCCAAUACAUUUAUGAGACGGAUCGAUUCAAUGGGAUUGCCGAAUUACUUGAAAUCAUGGGAAGCAUCAUCAAUGGAUUUGCCUUGCCACUCAAACAAGAGCACAAGACAUUUUUGUUCCGUGUCCUGAUUCCUCUUCAUAAGCCAAGUAUGAUGACGCUCUAUCAUCCCCAACUUGCCUAUUGUGUGGUUCAAUUUCUUGAAAAGGAUCCUUCAUUGUCAGCCGAGGUGAUACAAGGUCUACUGCGUUACUGGCCAAAGGUCAACAGCAACAAGCAGGUGCUAUUCUUGACCGAAUUGGAAGAGAUUCUCGAUGUGACCGAUGCUGAGGAAUUCAAAUUGAUCAUGGUACCUUUGUUCCAAAAGGUUGGACAAUGCGUUUCCAGCUCUCAUUUUCAGGUUGCAGAGCGGGCUCUGUAUUACUGGAACAAUGAAUACAUCGUCAACCUCAUGAAGGACAACCUUACAACGAUCAUGCCUGUGGUGUUCCCUCAUUUAUAUCAACACAUCAAUGGCCAUUGGAAUCGGCUUAUCCAUGACUUGAUUUCAGACACGCUUAGGAUCAUGAUGGACCUCAACCCAGUGUUAUUUGAUGAAUGUGUGGAACGAUAUACCCAACAACAGCAGCAACAACAACAACGACGCAAAAUGGUAGAGCACCAAGAAAGGAACAAUGACCCAGCCAAUGUUUGGAAUAAGCUUAGAAUGCAACAAUGCCAACAACAAUCACCACUAAGGGCAGCAUCCAAUACACCCAAUAGUUCUACACCAAGCUCAUCCUCAUCCUCCCUCGAAACAGCACCGGAAGAAACACUAUCACCACAACGUCAGCAAAAUGACAAGCACCAUUCAACCGCCAUCCUCUGCUCUUGA